GUUUGGAGUGAUUCGUGGAAGUUUCCUGGACGAGAGAAAGAAGAGUGGAAAAUCAAGAACUUCUGAGAUGGCUUUUCGUAAGAGAAAUAAGAGUUACCCUUUCUUCAGCCAAGAGUUUCUCAUUCAGAAUCACGCCGACAUCGUCUUUAGUCUGGUCAUUUUCAUUUUGAUUGGACUGAUGUUUGAGACAACAGCGAAAACGGCUAUUUUAUUCAUUCAGCCGCAGUAUAACAUCAGCACCAUGACAGCAGAUGGAGAAGUAUCUCUGUAUCAUUAUGGAUGGAAGGAUUGUGCCACCGUUCUCUUCUAUCUCUUCAUCACCAUAAUUCUUCACGCUGUGGUGCAGGAGUAUGUUCUAGAUAAAGUAAACAGGCGUCUCCACCUGUCGAAGAGUAAAAACACAAAGUUUAAUGAAUCUGGGCAGCUGUGUGUGUUUUACCUGGUGUCCAGUUUAUGGAGUCUCUACGUCAUCGCCACAGAGGGAUAUCUUUUGCAUCUCAGCAGCCUUUGGGAGAAUUACCCUCAUGUACACCUGAGGUUUCAGGUGAAGUUUUUCUAUCUCACUCAGCUGGCUUACUGGUUUCACACACUGCCUGAACUUUACUUCCAGAAAGUGAGAAAGGAGGAAAUCCCUCGUCAGCUGCAGUACAUCAGUCUCUAUCUGGUACAUAUUCUGGCUGCGUAUCUGUUAAAUUUGACCCGAAUCGGGCUAGUUUUGUUGUUUCUUCAGUAUCUCUCUGAAAUGGGUUUCCAUCUGUCCCGACUCUUCUACUUUAUUGAUGAAAACCAACAUAAAAUGUUUGAGAAGUGGUCCAUUGGGUUUGUUCUGACGCGUAUGAUCACUCUAACUCUGAUGUUCUUGGCUGUCGGCUUCGGUUUGGCUCGUUCUGAAAACCAGACACUUGAUUUGGAAACAGGAAACUUUAACACCCUUUCUAUCAGGCUGCUGGUGUUGUUCUUGGUGUGUUUCACUCAGUCGUGGUUGCUCUGGAAGUUCUUCCGUUUCCAACUGAGCCGAACACGCGAGCUGCGACUGGAGCAGGCGGCCCGGAAAAGAGCGGCCGCUAAACAACAGAUGCAGCGCACGCUCAAACGUGAUUCAGUUGGCCACCACGAGAACGGACUGAUUAAAGCAGAGAACGGGAUGUCUCCUCGUCUGAAGAAGAUCAAAACCCCUUAAACUUCAUCCCCAUUCCAACGCUUGGCCUCUCCACCCCGAGGGCACAGGAACGGGAAACAGUUCAACAGCCUGCUGCUUCCUGUUUCCAUGUCAAGAGAAGUGAAUGUGCUGUUUCUCAGAGGAAGUGACAUCACAGUACAGCGGCACCCUCAACAGACUCUUGUCACUCUAAUUCUCUUAAUCAGUUUCAGUAUUCAUGUUAUUUCUUUUGCAUAUGCUUCUAAACUUCACUCAGUCUGUCUUUAUUUAAGCACUGUUUUGAGGUUAAUUUCGUUUUUCUGCAUGUCACGAGGUACAAAAAUGGUGACUACGGUGGCCAAGGAAGGACACUUAUUGAGAUUAUAAAAUGUAAUAGUGUUACUGUGUGGCUUCAAGAGAUUCCAAACGUAUUCUGGGUUUGUAAUGAACAAAAGAUUUACAUGAUUUUCACAAUGCAACAGAACUGGCAGAAGACAACCCAUGUUUUGGUCCGGUUUGAGGUAGGAACAAGCAUUGUAUUAGUGAAAUAAUCCUGGAUGAGAUUGAAUGGAGACCAACACUCACUCACUUUUCUUUGAACUGGUUUCCCAUGAUGCUUUGUAAGUUAAUACAGUUUGAUAUGUGAUUGUAUAUGACAGUGCUUUAUAAAUAUUGUUUUUUUUUGUUGUUAUUGAAAAAAUUGAUUGAGUCUUGUCUUUUUACAGAAAAUCUACACUGCCUGGCCAAAAAAAAAGUUGCUGUUUGGAUUUAAAUAAG